AUGUUCUGUUUGGAUUCAGCGGAAUCUUCCGUUAAAACCAAACUGUUGUACACUGGACAAAUUGCUCUUAGGCGAAACCUGGUGAGUCAUGAAACACUUUCCGGAACCGGUCUGCAUCAGAAACAAGCGAUUGAAGGAUCACCUCCCGGCAAACAGAACCAAAGACUGUCUGAAAAAUUAAGUACGGUCCGUGAACUACAUAUCGGAAUCGGAGAGCAUAGCAGAAAAAACAGGCCGCCGAGAAACGCAGAUGAAUAUCAAGCGUUACUGGAAGACUCGGCAAUCGCGGAACACGCACUGGACACGGGACACAAAACAGACCUAGAAAAUACUUACCCAGCUGAAUCGCUCGGUUUUGAUGUUUCCAGACAACUAAAUGUGCUACACCAGGCCACCUCAUGUUUCAGUUACUACGAUGUUCGAAAUAGAAGGCGUGGAACUGGCAAAGGUGUUGAGAACGGUCUUGGGUCAAUCGAGGUAACACGUGUUGGUGUGCGAUCAUCAGAGGGAGGAGUAGUCAUCAUCUGGAUUCCACUUAACCUUACGCACCCCCUCCCUAAAUUGUGCAACAUUCACAUGCCCACGAAGAUCAGGGGAAAUCUAACAGAGGCACCCGAGCGGCCAUGCGGGUGUCACUUGAUUCUCGUUGUAACAAGACUUCUGACCUCACCACUCCUUCAAUACGAAAAAUCUCCGGUGUUGAGCAACAAAGGGGACUCUGACCGGAAGAGGCUGCACACAGACACGCUUACUCAACAGCGUAUGAUCAGCUCCCUAAAAGCUCACCUACAAAAAGCACUGUCCAACGAGGAUAUCCAUUCUGUCCGUAAUUGCUCCACUUCAUCAUUGAUGAAAUAA